AAGUGGAGAACGAAAUUUGACUGUUGACUAAACCUCAGAGCCAACCCUCUUUAUAGCGCAAGCCAAAAACGCUGAUUGCAAUCACGGAGUAGAACGCCAGCCAGCAUAAAAAUUAAAUGGCUCAUACAACGACGCUUUGGUUUCUGGUCUUGGUGACCUUAAGUCCCACAUGGCUCCUCUGGCGAGUACGGGCCGCCAUAGUCACUUCCGCAACGAAGUUUUUGUUACUAGACCGUCAAAUUGCCGAACGCAAUCAGAGUUGGGCCCACCGUCUCCCAAUAAACUUCUAUUCCGAGUUGAACCAGCAGUACUACAGGAGAUUUCGUCGACACGCUGGCAUGAUGGUCUUAUUUGGAACAGAAAAUCGGCACCAGCACCCAUUCGAAUAUGCUCGAUUUGUCUGAUAAUAAAUUUUACUAAAUUAA